AUGGUCAAGCGAUUAUCAGGCCUACAGAAAGAAGUCAUCAAGCUCUAUCGCCACUGCUUGAGAGAAGCCGGCAAGAAGCCAGAGAAAGCCAGACCACACUUCCGUGCGGUCACCAGGUUCGUGUGCCAGAUCGCAACAGUACCACAGACCUUGCUGAAGAUGAUCAGACGUGAGUUUCACAAGAACCAAAGCGUAGACAAGAAAGACUUCGCCACCAUCGAGACGCUUCUCAGGAUGGGCUACCGGAAGCUGGAGCUGUAUUCGGAGCCGUCCAUUACAGAUAUCCACUAG